CUAUCGAAAGAACACGCAUCGCGCACAGGACACCAAUCCGCACGCUGCACUAACCUAGCCACAAGGCAUAACGUUUGACCUAACCUUAUCUAAGGCGCAACUGGAUUGAACACACGUCCACUGGACCUCAUCCCACCCUAUUUACAUUCAUCUCUCUACACUUAUCUCUUGUCCUCAAAGCUCUCUCUUUUUCUUGUGUAUUACGAAUCACUCACAUGACAUCGCGGCAUGAAUUUGCCGUGUAGCAUUACAACCCAUAUGACUGACGAACCAAUUGUGUCAUUACUAAGUGUAUUCACGUGUGAAUAUUUCCUGUAAAAGGUUGUUAAACUUUGUUGUUUUUAAGUAAUGUGAAAUCGUGUUUGAAAUAAAAAACAAAAUCAAAAAUUUAUGUUGUCAUUAAAAUAUUUAAAUUACUUUGAUGAAAGUUUCAAGCGGUGUGCUAACUUUUCAAAAACUUUGUUUUGAAUAGUUGUGAUUAACUGACUUCAUUAGUUUAUAAUUAACUGAACAAAAAAAACUGAUUGGUUAAUUUAUUUAUCAAUUCAACGUGCAUGUGUAACUGACAUCUGAUAAUAUUAAUUUCAUUACCGUUGAUUGAUGUCAAUUUCAGUGAGUUUCAUUUAAGAACAAAUUUUUUAAUAAUUAAACGCUUGAAAAAAUAUUUUUGUAUAAUUUAGAAUUUUUUCGAACAGUUUUUAUUUGCUUUCAUUCGCUCUCGGUGAAGUAAUGUGAACAGAAUUUUUUAAAACGUUCAAAACCGUAAAGUGUAUUAUUAAGUGGAGAAAGUGAAUACCAGUUAAAGUGUAUGACAAAUAAAAAUCCUGUGAAAAUAAGAAAUUUCAUAAAAACAACAUCGAAGGAAUGUGAAAGAUUUUACAUUUUUAUGUGUUUGACUUCAAAGUGCAUCAAAAUCCAGCACAAAGUUUUUUAGUAACUUUAUAAGUGUAAAUUAAAGAAUUUUCACAAACUUUUUAAAUAAUAACUCAAACUGAGACAAGUGUCUGUGUCACAUUAAAGUACAAUCAACUCUGAUUUCUCAAAAAGAAAAAAAAAAACUAAAAAAGACAGAUGCGUACGAUGAGCGACGGUAUAAUUUGUACCGUUACAAUAAGUUUAUUUGGAACAAGUUCUAUAAGUGUUGGUGCGUGGUAAAAGAGAAAAUAGGGUGAUUUUUUAUUUAUCAGAGCUCUAUUCGAGGACUCGAGGCGACGAAAAGAAAACAAAGAAGGAAGACAUCAUCAACAUGGACUCGGAAUAUUCCAUGCUCGGUGGUGACCUCGACGUCUGUAGGAUGUUUGAUCAGUACACAUAUAAGAGAAGCGACAAUCUUGAUUUGUCACUAAACGUGCCCCAGCAUCAUCAGACAACAUAUCAUCACGACAAUAAUUACACCAUGACUGACCAAACAUUUCAUACUCCAAGUUUUGGUGAUGAAGACUUUGAUAUUCCUGCAAUUCAUCCCCAUCAACACCAGCAACAGCAUCAGCAAGCACAGCAUCAUCAACAGUCACAUGAUCCAAUGCAUGGAUAUCAGUCUCAGAUGAUUCAAGGAAAUAUGCAGCAAUCUACAGAUGGUUUGAAUUUAGAUUCUGGAGGAUAUCAACAAACCCUUUACAUUCAGCAAGAUCAUUCAAUGCAAUCAAUUAAUGUCAGUUCUGCAUAUACGAGUCCUCAAGGAUCAUAUCAGACAUCUCAGAUGACUUCACCUGGACAACAGCACAAUAAUCAACAAUUGUUACUUCUCCAACAACAGCAGCAACAGCAACAACAUAAUCAACAUCAACAACAGCAACAGCAGCAGCAACAACAACAACAGCAGCAACAACAGCAACAGCAACAACAACAGCAGCAAGUACAAAUGCAACAACAUAUGCAAUAUAUUCAUUCACAGCAGCAGCAACAAAUUCAACAGCAACAGCAGCAAAUACAGUAUCGAAGUCCGACGGGUGGUAGUCCACCAACUAUUGCAUCGAACAUCAUUUCAGAGAAUAAUAACACCACGACCAGUGAAGAUAGUGAUGAUAGUACCCCUCAUUCUGGCAUUAUUGCUGGAAUUAAACGACCAUCUCCUGAACCAGCUGAUGCUGUCAAUAAAAUUCAAAAGAAACCGAAGGUGCAAAAAAAGAAAAAGAAGAGAGAUCCCAAUGAACCUCAAAAGCCUGUCUCGGCAUAUGCUCUAUUUUUUCGAGAUACUCAAGCUGCCAUUAAAGGACAAAAUCCCAAUGCUAGUUUCGGAGAAGUAUCUAAAAUUGUUGCUUCCAUGUGGGAUGGUCUAGAGAAAGAGCACAAAGACGUAUACAAAAAAAAGACUGAAGUGGCAAAGAAAGAAUAUCUGAAGGCUUUGGCAGCUUAUAGGGCAUCUGUAGUAAGUAAAAGCGCCAAUGAAAGUGAUCAAUCCCAACAGCAGCCAACACAACAGCAGCAGCAGCAGCAGCAACAACAACAACAGCAACAACAACAACAACAACAACAACAGCCUCAACAACAGCAGCCACAGCAACAGCAGCCACAGCAACAAACAAUUCCAUAUGGAAAUUAUGGAGGUUAUUCUGGUAAUUCCGGAUCAGUGGCUUAUCAAGUUUAUAGUCCUCAGCCUCAACCACCUUCACCACAACAACAUCAGCAGCAACAAAUGACCAUUAAGAAAUCACCUCAUCAUCUUACUGGAAUGCAACCAACUCAUCAACAACAGCAGCAGCAACAGGGUUUAAUGGGCAAUCCGAUGGCGCCGCCGCACAUGACGCAGCAACAGCACAUGCAACAACAAGUCUCGCAGCAGCAAUACAUGCAGCAGGUACCUCAACAAGUACAACAAGCCCAAGUACAACAACAACAAAUAAUGCGUAUGAGUCCACCUCAUGCUGACUCUUUAUCGAGUCCACCACCAGUGGAUUUCAAACCAGUUGGACCUCAAACAACACUAGGUCAAAGACCACCCUCAAAUUCAUGUAUUCGUCAUGGAUGUCCAAAUCCUGCUGUCGCAAAUAGUGAGUGGGAAGAUGAAUACUGUAGCAAUGAAUGUGUAGUUAGCCACUGCAGGUUUGUGGAUGUAUUUACUACGUGGGUCUCAUCAAAUCAAAAUUCACAACAAAAUUUUUCAACGGUGAAGUAGAAAAAUAAAUUAGAUUAAAUAUACAAAUUUCGAGAAUUAAUUAAAUGGCAAAUAAUUAAUUCGUCGUGGCUCGGUUGAUCCGUUGAAUUAAGUAAGAUUAGUAUACACAAUAUGUACAUAAUUUAAUAAAGUGAGAGUUCAGAUUCGCAGGAAGACAAUCAAGCAUUUACGAUCUGACAAAGACUGUCUAACAAAUGCGAAUCUAACUAAUUUAAUAUGCCGAAUAAUGGGCAAACUGACUAUACAUUCUAAGCAGAAUUGUAGCUUGUUGAACAAAAAAAAUACAGUUAUUCUGCACAUUUUACAAAGCCUUAUCUAAUAAUGUUACAUUUAUUGAGUACACUUUAUUUAAAAUGAAAUUCAGUAACAUUCACUUUUGAACCUAUAACACAUACUUGUGAAUAAUCUGAAAGUUUUGACUAUUUAAAAUCAUAAAACUUUUUCGAAUAUUAAUUAGUAUUAUAGAUGAAUUUCGUUUUAAAUAACAAAUAUAUCUAUGCUAUGUGAAAUAGAUGUUGUUUUAAGUAACUGAAAUUUACGGCUGUAGUCAUAUUUCUAAUUAAAUAAAAUAGAAACUACAAAUUUUUUCAGUUGAAUCAUUUUAUUCUAAUUGUCUAUACUUGUCUGAUAAAUAUUAUUAAUAACGUUUAUCUACUUUGAGUAGUCAGAUGUAUUAUAUGAUACAAAAAUAAAUAAUAAAUAAAAGAUAAACAAAUUUCAAUAAUCAUGAUAUUGAUUGAUCAUAAAGUAAAUUAUAAAAUAUUAUUUUAAGUGUUUACUUACUCUAUAAGCCAAUAAUACAACUGAAAUUGUAUACGUACAAUGAUCGUUAACAAUAUCUCAUGAAUUUGUUAAAAUUUAUUUUGUGAAAUAAUCAUGAAAAAUCUAUCACAUUGUUACUUUUUUACGAUAACCGGACAUUAAAUAAUCCAAGAAAAAUAAUGAUGGAAAUAUAUCAGUCAACUUCUUGCAGUAUUCGAUAAAAUGUUUCGAUAGUUACAUUUUGAGCACCAAUAUGAAUUUCAAUUCAUUGCUAUUAUUUUUAUUACUAUCUCUAUAAAGCCAAUGAUCGACUAUACACGAUCAAUUGUACCUACAGUACAUAUAUUUUUGUUUUUUAAAUAAUUUUCAAAUAUCAAUUAGUAAAUAAUACACCAUGAUUGUAUAACAAUUGUUUAAUUUUUUUUUAUUUUUAUAUUAAUA